AUGUGCGUUAACGCACUACCAAGGGAAAAGGCUGGGACAACAAUGAAUAUGGAUCAGAUUAGGGAAUUGGUAUGGAGUGGUGCCAUUAAUGUGCAGAUAAAUGUCAAGCAAUCGUUACUGUUAAAUGAGGUGUCUCACAAAGAAUCGCUGGUUAAUGUUAGAAUACCGAGAGAUACAUAUCUAGUGCUAUAUCUACCGGCCAUCGUGAGCCAUCUACGAAACAGUUUGAAAAUUGAUCCCAAUGGUAAUGAUGGCGGUACGUAUUGGUUUGAAUUUGAGGACGUGCCGCUGUUUUGGAACUAUCCUUUGGGGGUUUUAUACGAUUCUAUGUUAGCGUUGAAUCCGCCUGGUAGAGUUAGUAGAGAUACUGAGAAUUCAAUUAAUGUCUGGAAAAUUGAGUUGGCAUAUGGAUCUAAUCCACCAGCAGGUGUAAUUCCACUAAUAAAUGGAAUUGAUCAGAUAAAAAGCUAUUGGAUGCACCAGUGGAAACAAAGUUGUUAUAUAUUAAAUGGAUCAGCUAAACAAGUUAUGUCAUUAUCAAUGCAAGACUCUCAGCAGUUUUGGGGGAGUAUCUUGAACAGAGAUAGAACUAAUUUUGGCCGUAUAUCCUCUAAGAUAAUACCAAAGAGACCAAAAUUUAUACCAAUAAUACUGCAUCAAACUCUACCCGAUAUAAAGAGAAUUCAACUUUCAGCGACCGAAUGCAAAGAUGAUGGAUCCCUACAGACUGUGGCCGACUUAGCUAAAAUUCAAUUUCCCGAAUUCUUCCAGGACAACCAAGUUUUAAUGAAGGCGGUUUCCAAUGGUAUUGAAGUGCCGCUACAUUCUAACGUAUUUGAAUUGUACCAAAGAUUAAUGAGUUUCGAUGGAUUUCUGCACGUAUGUAUCUGUCUGGUGUCAAAUGAUGAAUAUGGGGAAGCCUAA